CAUCUCCCACGUUUCUCGACAUCUUCGUUCCAGCUCUUGAUUGUAUUCCAACUCCAGAUCAGACCAUUCUGGCUGGUCGCAACUUCGGUCUGGCCGUUAACUCUUCGCAAGAUCAACCAUGAACGCAUCUCACGAUGCGAACCAUGGAUUUUAUGAUGAGGAGUCACCAUGGACUACACGAUUUCAGUUCCUUCAUCUUCAUUCCUCAGGUCAGGAGUCUGUGGCAGCUGGACCGUUGUGCCAACAACAACAACAGCAGCAGCAGCCAAUCUUUCAUACCUAUCAAACACCCUCACCGGCUCCAAACUACUUGCCAAUGUACUAUGAGGACCCACCGACAACUGCAACAUUCUCAAGUGUGCAGUCUGGAGGUCCCCAACAUCCCCUUAAAAGACAGUCGGUUCAGCAAUCAAAGCAACAACCAGCAUCAGCAAAAAAACGUCUGAGCCGGACUACAGUCCCGUCGAGGACAGACCGAGUGUCCAAGGCUUGCGUGCCAUGCAAUCAACGCCAUGUCAAAUGCAGUGGCGGCGAAGUCUGCACUCGAUGUCGCUCUUACCCGGAGGAACAAUGGCCAGAAUGUGUCUAUCUAGUCUCGAAACGAGGCGGACAUAACAAGGGCUCUAUACAAGCAAUCAUUGCAAGAGCAAAGACUGAGGCUGCUGAAGCUGUUGCAAAAAAGCGUAAAAGAGCAAUUGCACAGACGUUUGACCCUGUCUCAACACAAAACUCAUCUACCAGCUUUGCCAAAGAUGAAACAUCUACCCUAUUCUCACCACUGAGCUCCGGUGUCGCUCUACAUUCCGACAACGAUGCUCUCAAGGAUGAAGGGCGCGAUCUGCUCGCUUUGUACUAUGCAAAUUUUCAUAAAGCACAUCCUUAUACUCUCCCAAUGGAUGCGCUGAAGAGUCGAAUUCAAAAACAUCCAAAUACGGUCAAGCAUCUCAUUCCCGUGCUGGAAUACAUCGGCUCCUUCUACUCCAAGAUCUAUGAUACUUUAGCCUUGAAGGACAUUGCCAUUGUCAGAUUGUCCGCUAAUUCGUGCCCACGCGAUGGCUUCUACGUCCAAGCGAACCUACUGAUGGCAAUCGCAAUCCACUCGACUGAUGACUUCAACGGCUCUGAAGACACAAUCGGUGCGGCUAUUGGUGUGGCUCUUAGACUAGGUAUGGACAAAAAAGACUAUGCCACCGUCAACGGUGAAAGAGACCAUGUGCUUGAGGAGUGUUGGAGAAGAACGUUCUGGGGCCUUUACAUCACGGAGUCGAUAUUUGCUGGGGUACACAAGCUUCCAUCGUUCAGUCUUUCUUAUACUGACAAGGAUGUUGAUCUACCUGGAGAGGAGUCGGACUAUGGUGGAGAGGUCGUCUUCAAAACUCGAACGCGCGAAGAGUAUGUCGCCCGUGCAUAUGCUCCUUGUAGUCGACCUUUCUCCUCUAUGGCUUUCCUUAUCGAUGUAGCCGUGAUUAGUAAAGAUAUCCUUCCAAUCAUAUCAGACAAGUUUCCAGUUCCUUCAGAGAAGGUUGACGAAGCGAAUCGCAAGCUUGAGGUCUGGCAAGCUUUUGCACAUGGCAAGAAAGAGGAGAUCAUAUCAAUCCAAGGUGAAGUCGACGAAGUGAUGUGGCACGCCAACAUGCUCAUAGAUACUCUCACCAUCGCCUUGAAUCGCCCAAGAUCAUUCCUUCUCUAUAAAGAGAUUGAAGGUACCUCUAGGUGCUCUCCUAUUCCGGAUGUUGGUAGAAUCUCCGAAGCGCGUAGGCUGUUCCUCACGAACAAUACUGUUAGAGCCCGACAAGCAAGCGAACGUAUGCUAGAACAGCUCACUAUAGGUACAAACCACCGAAAACACAGCCCUCUGUUGAUAUGUGGAAUGUCUAUGGGCAUUAUGGCACAUGUUAGUGCCUGCAAUACUGCUGGAGUGCUCCCUCAUCCAACGAAACGCGAAGCCGCUGAAGAACAGAUUACUCUUGGUCUUGCAUCACUCCAAGACUGGGCUAUGAUCUGGAGCCUUGGGAAGCGAGUAUGGAGUGAAGUCCGGAACGUCACACAUAGCCUCAUGAGUAACCCUGCAGAACCUCUCGCCACUGGUUACUCUCAAGCAGAACCAUCGCUUCCUACUGCGCAAGUCCUAACCGUGGGAUAUGGUCCUCUCGCUCGCAAUCACUCACCUCCAUAUGAUUACGGUGCUUCACCCAAUGGCCAAGCGCAUACUAAAAGUCCAUCUGCGGAAGUCAUUGGCAAUAUACCGUCGCAAGACUGUUAUCUCAAUGUGCCAGUCACUGAAGUGGGGAUUGGUCUCGGUAUUGGUACGGGACAAAACAUCGCAAUGGCAGAUAGCAUAGACUAUUGUCACAGGAUGCAUGACUCCGUAUACGAUCCAGUUCGACCGCUAUCAGAGUCUGGCUCGAGCUUUGGCUCCGUCGUAAAUAUGUCUAAAUCAGGUGCAGGCUCGCACUCCAGCAUUGGUAAUGGCUCGAUUUCGACUGCAGCCUCAAGUAUUGGUGCCGACUCUGAUCGUCCGAUCAGUGUCGAAGACAAUUCAUUCUUGACCGAUUAUCACUCUUGUCUAUUGCAGGAAGCUGGUUCUCACAUGGAUCAAAACUAACCAUCUGGAAGAUACAAUGUUCCUACGACCAAAGUUGUUAUACAGCGUUACAUGCACAAUAUACGCAGGGCUCCAAUUUGUAACAGCAUCUCGUUGAUGUAACGUAGACCUGAAGCUACAUCGCAAGAAGACAAGAGAAGUCAAUGGUAUCGAAAAUACUUGGUUGUGAUGAUGAACGGCAGAGUGUAUGCCAUCUGUGAUCCUAGCAUUCUUCAAGUCUAUAUUGUUCUUGUCGUUUGCAGUGUAUAAAUAUCCUCUGGGAUAUAGAACAGCCUUGAACAUGUACAUGAGGU